UUUGUUAUAGUUUAUUUAAAUCAGUAGCUAUAACUUUUAGAUAUUUAUUAUUGUGAAAUAAAAAAUAUCUUUCUAUUAAACUUUGUGUUGCUUUCUAUUUGCUCAGGUACUCCAGCACCAAGUAUAUCAUUUUUAAAUAAAUAUGAUUGGUGAACUGAAUGCACGUCUCCUGCUCUCCUUGAAGGAACAUAUUUGAAGCCGAGGCCAAUCAGGACCUAUAGCGAGGUGACUGGUUUGUUGCAGUUCUGCGGAAAUUUAAAAAUCGUCUUUUUUCUACAUUUUCUCUGUUUAAGCUCCUGGAGGUUUGUUUGGUGAUGGGUGUUACUGCAGUCCUGUCAGUGAACAUGGUAACAGCCAUCAUGUUACUGACUGUCUUCUCUCUUUCAGAAGCGUGGGAUGAAUGUCGGACUUAUUGGUCAGAUCUCUUCAUCACUACACCAAAGAAGAUGGAAGCACUGAGUGGAACUUGUCUGAAAAUCCCAUGUAGCUUUAGUGUUAAAGAAGAAAAAGAGUUUGACAACACAACAGAAACAUUUGGAAUAUGGUAUAAAGAAGACGAAGAGACCCCCAAUCCAAACAAUGUGGUUUUUAACAGUAGUGGCACAGUGAACAAAUUUGAAAUGAACAUAACUGGAAACUUGACAAUGAAAAACUGCACCACUCUGAUUUACAACAUGAAGACGACAUAUGAAGGCGUAUACUACUUCAGAAUCAUGAACUGGCCUUUCAGGGCAAAUGCUAUUUGUGAUCCUCUUCAAAUAAAAGUCAAAGAUUCUCCUCCGAGCCCCAAACUAAUCAUCUCAGGAGAUCUGAAGGAGAAGGAGUCUGUCACUAUAACCUGCUCAGCUUCCACUCCCUGUCCACUCUCCCCUCCUAAACUCACCUGGACUCUCAAACAAGACUCUCUCAACAACAUGGAGGAAAACCCAGAUAAAACCUUCACGACUAAAAUCCAGGAGCAGAUCACUCUGACGGACAAACAUGAUGGAUACAACAUCACCUGUUCUGCCACAUAUCCUGUGAAUGAAGGAAAAGAAGUCAAGACAGCAGAGGAGACACAGACUCUCAGAGUUUCAUAUGCUCCUAAAAACACCUCAGUGUCCAUCAGUCCAUCAGGUUUGGUGUCAGCAGGUAUUCAUGUGAACCUGACCUGCUCCAGCAGAGCCAAUCCUCCUGUCAGCAGCUUCACCUGGUUCAAGAUCAGCAGAGAUGGACCCAUGAUCGUAUCUGAAGGAGAGUUUUACAGCUUUAAUGUCACAGAGGGAGGAGUUUAUUACUGUGUGUCCAUGAAUGAUCUCGGUAAUCAGACAUCACCACAGAUCCAUCUGAGAUUUGAGGAGAAAGCUGUGCUUGCGAGCUCUCUACACUGGGAGGCAAUCAUUGGUGGAAUCCUUGGGAUCAUUGCGUUCAUCUGUCUGGUUGUCUUUGUUUGGUGUUUAAAGUCAAAACACCCAACUGCACAACGGACUCAGAGUCAACCAGGUGAAGAGAUGUCUGCAGAAGAGCCAGCAAGGAAAACAGAGGAAGAAGUACAAGAAAAUAUCCAUUACGGAGAGAUAGACUUCUCCAAGAUGAGACAUGAAGAGUCCUUUAACUCGGUACAGGACCGAGGACAGCAGCAGGAGACACUGUAUGCACAAGUCAAAGUGUCCGGGAGAGGAAACAGUGGAGCACAGACUGCUGGCAGUCCAGACGAUCUCUACGCUAAAGUUAGGAAAAAAAUAUAACCAGAUGAAGAUGUAAAACUUCUACAUUUUUAAACAACUAUGAUGUUAACUACAUGUAUCAUAAAAAAAAAACAUCCACAAUCCUGUCUGAAAAAGAGACAGUAAAUAUGGUGCAGGGCUGAGCGUCUCCAAACGAGGACAUCUGCUGGAUGGAUGGAGCAAUGCAGUGAAGCUGUAAUGCAGCUAAAGGAAGUGACAGAGAGGCAGAACAGGCAAGCAGUACUGAGACAGCUUUAUAACAGUGUAGAUGACCUCUGAUUCAACAACAUUUAAAACAUCUUAGGGACACUUUCAAAGGUUGUUGGUAAACCGAUUGCACCUAAUGCUAUGACUGCACUAUUUGGUGUUACUCCAUCCACAGUAUCCCUUUCCUCCUUAGAAGCAGACUUUACAGCCUUUGUUACCCUCGUUUGCCAGACGCCUAAUAUUAUUGAAGUGGGAAUCCUCGACUUUGGUUACUACUUGUAUUUUUACCUGUAGUGUUGUUGUAUUGAUUAUUUUAAUGUAUGGGUUACUGCCCUAUUUUUGUUUGU